UUGCCAGAAUUCUGGGCAUCGUGGAAUUUGUAGUUGCUGGAAUUCUGGGCGUUGUGGAAUUUGUAGUUGCCAGAAUUCUGGGCAUUAUGAAAUUUGUAGUUUCCGGAAUUCUGGGCAUCGUGGAAUUUGUGAUUGCCAGAAUUCUGAGUGUUAUAGAAUUUGUGGUUGCCACAGUAGGAUAA